AUGCACUCACGGACAGCUGUUGGCACCGCGUUCGGAUUAUGCGGCUUCCUGUUUCGACACCUCGUCGAUGCCGCUAGUCAAAAACAACGCAUCGCCAGCAGCGACGACCUUAAGGUGACGAUCAGAGUUCAACUGAGACUCGGCAACUUUUACACCAGUUUGCACUAUCCUUUAUUGAGUGGCGCGGCUUCGGCAGGUUCCAACAGCGUCGAUGGUACAACAUAA